AUGCGCGGGGCGGCAGGUGCGAGGGGCGCAGCGCGGCCCUACUUACCGGGCACCGGCGGCCGCCCCCGGUUCCGCGGCGCGCAGCGAGCCGCGGCUCCGUCCCCAGGCUCUGCACGGGGGAUGGGGAGGACGGCCUUCCGCGGAGCCCGCCUUACCUGCGCGGAGCGGCGAGGCGGGCGCUGCCUGCGCUCCCCCCUCGCAGCGCGCGCCGCUCUCGGCGCAGACACUGUUUUAAAAACACUGCGCGGGAGCGCAGCGGCGCGCACCGGCCGCCGAGCGGGAGCGACCGCCCCGAGGGGCAGCGUGAGCCAGGGCGGCGGGUCCUCAUCCCGCCGGGUGCGCGGAGCGGCUCCGCGGAACGGCCGCGCUCCUGGACGCGCUGUCGGGGCUCCGGUGGCAGCGCCCGCGGGUCGAGAGCCGGGACCGCCCCGACCCCGCGGCUCCCGCACUCGGCACCGGAAAGUUUUAACAUCCCCGGCAGCCGCGGCCCGGAUAAGUAGCAACCGGCCGCCGCGGAUGCUCCCGUGGCGGCAGCGGGACAGCGCGGAGGUUGCGCGGAUGAGAGGGGGUCCCGUCGGGACUGACACCAAGCUCCCGACCCGGAGGUGUUAAACACGGUCAGAAAGUGAUACCGGGCGGCGAAGCGGGAGAAGCGCGGGCGCGCAGCGGGCCCGGCUCGGCAGCAGCGCCGGGAGCGCGGCGCCACCUGUCGGCAGCAGCCGCGGCAGCAGCCAGCGCCUGGCGUGGCUGGCGGCGGGGGCCUCACAGCGCUGCCCUUCCAUCUCAGUAAUUACGGGGGGGGGAAGAAAAAAAAAUCGCUGAAAAUAAAUUUUGGCAGAGAUGCUGUUCGCGCCGUACUUUGAAUCAUUCUGGCAGCCGGUCGGGAGCGCUCCGGGGUGCGGGGAAGCGCGGGAACGGUGGGCUCCUGCCAGCCGCUGCUCCCAGCACCGGGACCGCGGGAAACACCGGGAUUUGCGCGACCACCAGCUUCAAAAAUAAAUGCCUAUCGUCAUCUGAGGCUUCUGUUGUUUAGAUGGUUCGGUUCAUCCGUUUCUUCAGGGGAUGAACCUAUUAAAAUAGAUUUUUUUUUUUUUUAACACUCCCCUCUUCCUGCUCUAAGAAAUACUUGGUUUACAUUUGUUUUUAUAAUAAACCUGUUUGUUGGAAA